GAAGGCGAGAGGGAGAAAUUGAUCUGAGAGUCUGAGUGGCGCUGGGACUUUCUAAGCGAGAAUGGCAGCCAGCGUUCCCUCUUCCUGUGACUGUUUUAUUGCUCUCCCUCCGGCUACCGAAAGGAAAGAAGUGAUUUUUGGGAAAAAUUCGGACAGACCCCGGGAUGAAGUCCAGGAAGUGGUCUACUUUCCUGCAGCUGAACAUGCAAAAGGCUCCAAGGUAGAGUGCACAUACAUUGAAAUCGAGCAGGUGGAGAAAACGCAUGCAGUGAUUCUCAGUCGCCCAGCCUGGUUAUGGGGAGCUGAAAUGGGGGCCAACGAGCACAGCAUCUGCAUUGGUAAUGAGGCUGUUUGGACCAAAGAGCCUAUCAGUGAGAAGGAGGCUCUGCUUGGAAUGGACCUUGUCAGGCUUGGACUGGAGAGAGGUUCCACUGCUAAAGAAGCUCUGGAUGUUCUCACCUCCCUGGUGGAACAAUAUGGACAGGGAGGGAACUGCAAGGAGUCCCUGGAAGCAUUCAGCUACCAUAAUACAUUUCUGAUUGUGGACCGAAGAGAAGCCUGGGUACUGGAGACAUCUGGGAGAUACUGGGCUGCUCAGCAAAUUACAGAAGGUGCCAAAAAUAUCUCCAACCAGCUGACCAUCACAACAGAGAUCAACAUGGAGCAUCCUGACCUUCGGAAUUAUGCCCAGAGUCAGGGAUGGUGGAACGGUGAGGGAGAGUUCAACUUCUCCCAGGUUUUCUCUCCGACUAACCCACCAGUGAGAAUGGAAGCUGCAAAGGCUCGUUACUCUGGAGGCCAGGAGCUGCUUCGUAAGCAAGAAGGUAGCAUUAAAGCAGAGACGAUCAUGGACAUCCUACGCAAUAAGGAGAGUGGAAUCUGCAUGGACUCUGAGGCCUUCUGUACCAUGGGCAGCAUGGUGUCCAUCCUGCCUCAAGAUGAUGACUUGCCUUGUGUGCACUUCUUUACAGCGACCCCUGACCCUUCAAGAUCUGUCUUCAAGCCCUUUAUUUUCAUUGAUGAUGUAACACCAGUUCCUAUGGUGAUUUCUCCAUAUUAUGGUGAUGAGGACCCUGUCAAGAGGCAGCCUCGGUUCCAGAGCAGGCCAGAUCGUAGGCAUGAAUUGUACAAGGCACAUCAGCAAGCCAAAGCUACAAUGGAGAGUGGACAGGAGCAAGGCGUAAAGUUGCACCAGACUAUGCAGAACCUUGAGAGGCAGGGACUGCACGCUAUCAAGAAUAUGUUGACCAAUGGAGGAUCCUUUGAUCCAGAAGAAAUGGCAGAUCUGUUCUUUGACUGUGUUGACACAGAGAUCAAGUUUUACAAAUAAACCUUCUGGGGUGGUGUUACUUCACAAAUCCUACCAUAGAUGUUGACAACUGCCAGACCAUUGAUCUGCAGAAGCAAAGGAAAUGGGUGCCUUCCUUGGAGCCAUUAGUUUCUGUAGAUCUGAUACGUGCAUACACACAUACGUCUGUACUUAAAAGCACUUAUCUGCCCAAUGGAUUUACUGUUGUAUUGAUAACUGAGCCAAUUUUGCCAUUUGUCGCUGCUAUUCUUAAGAGACUGCCUACAGGCAGACUGGUGGUCAGACAUACAUUGUACUGCUAUCUGAAGUGCUCAACAGUGAGCUAACUUGAUUAGAGCUAAUUAACAAUAUCUGCUGCAAGUUGGAUUUUUUGUUUUGUUUCCUACCCCUUUAGUUUUACCUGUUUCAGUCUUGCAAUAUAUUCCUUAUUGGGAAUGGUUCAACAUUUGCAGUUAAGGAAAAAUUUUGCAGCAUUUACUUAGGAUCCCUUUAAACUGGAUACAAUGUCUUGGGGAACACCAUGUACAUUUCAGAAUUAAUUAGAAGGAAAGUGUAAUCUACUAAAUUGCCACAUAAUCCUGUGAUAUUUUUAAAAGAUGCAUUUACUGGCGUCUCCCUGUCUCUGGGGUCUGUGGGAUAAAAUUUCCUGAUUGGUUGUUUUUUUUACCCUUGUUGUUUUUUUUACCCUUGUAAUUAAAGACCACUAACAAAAAAAAGGUAGUUGUGUAGCGGCUGCUACCA